AUGGGGAGGGAUCUUCUGGCCGUAUAUACGGUUCUUACGAAACGAGAACACAUGCAUGAUAUAAGGAGAGAUAUGGAAUAUAUAGAUCAGUACUUCAAGGAACAAGUGGGUUGCAGGCACGAGACUUUCCACACCUUCCUCGCAUCUCCGCGAAGGUCUUUCUUAACGUAGUAACAGGUGUGUAAUACAUGUGGAACCCUAUGAAGUCAAUGACAGAUAUUCCCCAGGCAACUAGUAAAUUUGCGCGUCUUGAAGGGUUGCGCUCCUCAACUGAUCGAAGAAUGUACAGGGCAGUUCUCGCUAUCCCGCUGGUUUCGAUCAAUCGGAGUACCUUAACGCUAGAUAGAGUCAAAAAAUACCAAAGUUAUAAGAGUCAGAUAUUGACCUAUGAGCAUGAGUAGCGGGCGUGGACCAAGC